CAGGGGUCCCCAAACCCCGGGCCGCGGCCCGGUACCGGUCCGCGGCUUGGUUGGAACCGGGCCGCGGAAAAAAAGUGAAUAAAUAAAGUUGUAAUUUUUUUUUUUUUAAUCAGUCGGAAAAAUAUUUUAUUUUGAAAAAGGACCGGAUCCACCCAUGUGUACGUCUGAGCCGCGUUCAGGAGUCUUAAAGUUCGGGUUUAUCGCUGCAGGCGAGUCUCACGCGCCGAACCCUCUGCUGGCGGCACAGUGCCAAAGAAUCUUAAAACAGAUUCAACCUGCUCAAUGAAUUCUGUCACUUCAGGGAAAUGACAACUGUUUUCAAGUUGGCCGAUAAAGUCGCUGCUGCAGGGCGAGUGAACAGCGGAACAUUCUACAUGUUUCAGACGUUGACCGGGUGGAAGAGGCUUUUAAAAGAGUUUGAGCGGUACUCCAACCACAAAAGACCCGACUGCAAAAGAAUAGACCUGCAACCCAUUUGUAAACAAACCCACCCGGUGAAUCGAGCCCGUCCGAGCAAGAAAAAAAUGUGCUGGAGAUGCAAAUGACGGUGGCCUGAAGGGACAUUUCACACAACAACUCUGCCGGUGUUCUAAUGACAGCGACCAGAACUCGGUGAGGAGCAGCGGACCAAACACAGGUCUGUGUCGCCGUCUCCAUUAGCGGCUCGUUGCAGGUGUUCUCUAAACCGUGGCAACAUGUGGGCGACUAGCCUGGCAGCCCUGGUCCUCCUGGCCUCGUCAGCUACUGCUGCCACCACGGCCUCUCCAGACAAAGUCCUGAGUACCCACGCCACUAUCCUGGCUGACAACAGCGCAAAGCUGGCUUUCAAGCUCUACCAAAACAUGGCCAAGGAAAAAGGUUUAGAAAACAUACUCAUAUCCCCCGUCGUCGUGGCCUCCUCUCUGGGUCUGGUGGCUCUCGGGGGCAAAGGUUCCACUGCCUCUCAGGUAAAAACCCUUCUGAAUGCGGCUAAAGUCAAAGACGAGCAGCUGCACACCGGUCUGGCCGAGCUCCUGACCGAGGUGAGUGACCCGAAGACCCGCAAUGUCACCUGGAAGAUCAGCAACCGCCUGUACGGACCCAGCUCCGUCACCUUUGUGGAGAAUUUCAUCAAGAGCAGCAAGAUGCACUACAACUGUGACCACUUCAAAAUCAACUUCAGAGACAAGAAGAGUGCUUUGAGCUCCAUCAACGAGUGGGUGGCCAAGUCUACCGAUGGCAAGCUGCACGAGGUAAUUAAGGUAGUAGAGCAGACUGACGGGGCGAUGAUCGUCAACGCUAUGUUCUUCAAACCUCACUGGGAUGAGCAGUUCCAUCAUAAGAUGGUGGACAGCCGUGGGUUCAUGUUGCCCAAUAGCUACACCAUUUCAUUGCAGAUGAUGCACCGCACAGGCCUCUACGGCUUCUACAGUGACAAAACCAACAAGUUAACUCUCCUGAGCAUGCCUCUGGCUCACAAGAAGUCCACGGUGCUGUUCAUUCUGCCCCACCAAGUGGAACCUCUGCAGAGACUGGAGAAGAUGCUGACCAAGAAGCAGCUGGACGUGUGGAUGGGCAAGCUGCAGCAGACGGCGGUGGCCGUGUCUCUGCCCAAAGUCAGCAUGGAAGUCAGUCACGACCUGCAGAAACACCUCGGGGUGCUGGGCCUGACGGAGGCCGUGAACAAAUCCAAAGCCGACUUGUCCAGAAUGUCCGGGAAGAAGGAUCUCUACCUGGCCAGCGUGUUCCACGCCUCCGCCAUAGAGUGGGAUACCGACGGCAACGAAAUGGAUAUGAGCAUCUUAGGCACAGACACGCUGAAGAACCCCAAACUGUUCUACGCAGACCACCCGUUCAUCUUCAUCGUAAAGGACCAGAAGACAAACUCCAUCCUGUUCUUAGGCAGGAUGGUCCGGCCGAAGGGCGAUAAGAUGAGAGAUGAGCUGUGACCACAUUCACCUGAAAGCCCGGCUCAGUGUGUGUGUGUGUGUGUGUGUGUGUCUUUGUGUGUGUGUGUAUUUUCUACUGUGGGAUGCCGAGAGCGGUGGGAAAUGAAAGCGCAUUCCUUAAUGUCACAUGACAUCAGCAUUCCACAAUACAUGGCUGAAGAGAUGUGUUCAAACUUAGUGAACAAAGUAUUGUGCACUCCCCUCCUUUUUUUAUAUCUUGAAGAAUAUUUGAUAUCUUUCUUUUUUUCGUUCUACAUUGGCAGAUCACAAUGUGGACUGAAGACUUACAUUAAGUAUGAUUUCCCUGAUUAAUGUCUGAAAUGCUGUUGACCAGUCUUAACAAUGUUCUUAGGUGGACAACAAUCUUACUUCUGCAGAGAUUUGAUGGUGCUCAUUGUUUAAAUUAACAAAAUGUUUCAGUUUGUCAAGUGCGACUGCUUUUAAUUUGUAAACUCUGAGAAAAUGAAUAAUUGUUUCGCGUUCCACGACAAGCAUUUAGUUAGAACCAAGGUGCGACAUUGACGUUUUUUCUUGUUAUUGAUCAGGCACUGACCUACACUGGCAAACAACCCAAAGCACAGCAGAUUUAAGUUUAAAAAACCCCAUCUAUUUCACAAUGUGUGCACGCACAAUUUGACAAUUUCACAAUAUGAAUUGUUUCAGACUGUUACAGUUUUUGCAAUAAAAGCGCAGGAAAAGAAUAA